ACAAGCCGAACCUGACUCACAAUCUCAGCUAUUUGAGAGAUGAAGUAGUUAGAAGCUGAUGGGUCUACCCGUCUUGUCUUCAAUCAACUCCCAGGGUACUGGGUGUGGCCUGAGAGACGAUUGCAUCCAUUUGUACCUAACGACAUUAUUUUCAACUCCGGGAUCAAUCUUCCUCUCCUUAAACAUCGGGGGACAUUGACAAAACUGAAUACCAUGGACCACGGUCCGCUCAUUCGGCGAUGGGGGAACGACUUCAAUCUCCCCACCGUCACAGACAGCCGCGGUGUCCGCUACGUCCCCUUCACGAAGAUCGCGUAUCUUGAGGUCGUGGAUGACGACAUGGACUCUCAACAUCUCCCAAGCUGGGCCCCUCCCGCACCUUCUCUCAUACACAGGGAGUGGCUAGAACCGACAUUACCGGACCGGGAUGUGAUCAUCCCGCGCCCUUUUAUUGAUAACAUCAGGCCCCCUAUGUUCACACAGCGAGAAGAUUUUGAAAUACCUCGACCGACAUUUUCCCCGCCAAAAAAUUCCGUCAGACGUGAUCGCUUCGUGUUCACUCGGGACUCGCCCGAACGACUUUCUCGACAUAAGUCAUCACGUGACAGGUCGAUACGUCACGUGACGUCACGUGACCUUCCUGACCUACGUCCACCUCCUCAACUUUACCCUCCAGUUCCGGCCCCGAAACCGAAGUUCCGAUACAAAAACCUGUCCUUGUAUCCGCCUAAACGGGAGAGUGAAAGCGGUAUUGUGGCGGCCAAGAGAAAAUUAAUCAGAGAAGCCAUCGCCUCGUCAAAUUACAGACCCGUGCGACCGCAGCGGUCCGGCAGCUACGGUGACUGGAUUAUUCCUCAUCCCAUAUAUCUACCGGAAGUGAAGCCUCAGAGACCGGAUACACCCCGUUUCCGUAAUCACAGCGGUUCCGAUGAAGAGAAGGAGAGCCCUCCGAUCCCCGAGAGGCAUUACGCGGAACCUGACCUUGAACCGGCCACGUCCACGGUCGACGCUUUCACCCCGCUGGAAGGUCAGCUCGCUACCAAGAAGCGGUCUUCAAUUAUUUCUCAGUGGCAGGAGACGCUCAUCUCCAAAGCCCUGCUGAAGGGACAACUACUGCGCAGCAUAGAGGAAAACCCGGAUUACUAGCACCAGAAGCUGAAAUGCAUUUUUUUAGCGUAGACAUGUUGACCCUGCGUAUUUAUGACCUUGAACCCUUGAAAAGAUACUAUUACAAUUUUAUGUGACUGUGUUCAUGUGCUGAACAGACCUGAGCUUUUGUGAAACCGGCAUCGUCAACUUCAAAUUGAGCUGGCACACAAUUAUAUGUUCAGCUCCAUCUAUAUAGGUGUUUGAAACUGAGUAUCUGAGUCUGUAUCAAUUUGCACAUAUAUAUAUAUAUACUCUCCCCA